CAAUGCCCAUCCAAGGAGCAGUCAGCAUUCCCUCUGGCAUGAGGCAGCAGCUGUGGACAAGUCCCGGGGGUCUGGAAAAGGCCGGCUCGGCGCCUCCCGCAGGAAAUCCCGCCCCUCCCCCCUCCCUCCCGCCGGAUCGGGAGCUGGGGGGGACUGUCCCAGCCGCACAGUCGGAUUGUCAAUCAGCACCCUGAGUCCCGCCCCAGUGCUCACAAGGUCCCGCCCCCGCCAGCCAGCCAGGAUCAGAGCCUCUGGGAUCAGCGCAUGCGCGCAGGUGAAGCUGCUUGGGGUGCCAAGUGGCUGGUGAGAGGGCGGGUGGAUGAAGCUACGUGCCACUGUGUCCUGGCUGGGGAUUCCGAGCGAGUUGGGCUCUAGUCUAGAUCAGAGAAUGAGGUGUGAAUAAGUAGAAUAGGGGACGUUUUGGCGGUUGAGCCUGAGGACCCCACUAGGGGCGGGGAUCCCUUCCUUUUCGUCCCUCUUCUCCCGGCUUGCCCGCUGCGAUCUUCGUCCACGAGCAGAGUCGCUGACCCACGGCAGCUGGCUGGAGAAAUGGUGCCACCUAGUGGUAAGCGUAGGAACGACCCACGGUGUCACGGCGGGGACCCCAGCCUUGAGGAGGUGCUUUUGGAGGCUGGGGUGGCGAUUCAGCACCAGCGUGAUCCGGACAGCGCCUCCCACCCGUGGCCUUUGAACCCUGCAGCCGAGCUCCUCUGGAGAGAUUCUUUGGCCCCUCCCGAAGGAACUCCGAAUGUCUCUGGACCACUCCUGACGUCCCCAUGUGGCCUCCAGUUUGCAAAGCUAGUAUUCGAGGGCUCACUGCUCUCCUCCCCACCUUCGCAUCUCUUUUCUCUUGGUGGAAGAGCACGAGGCAGUUCAGGGCUGCAGAGAGGUCACACACGUGCAUGCCCAGGCGCCAGGGGAGGUUUUACUAGAGCAAGGUGCCCCCAGGAGCGCUGCAAACAGAAUAAGUGUGUUUCUCCACGUCCGGAAACCUGCAGAUCAAACUCGGCCCCGCCGACCGAGGGACACGUGUGCAAACAGGUGUCUGAGGGACAUGGGGCAGCGCCUCGGAACUCCGGGCGGCUCGCUCGCGGUCCCAGAAGCUGCCCCAGCGGUCGCAUGGCCCCAAGGACUUCCUCCCGGACGGCUCGGAGGCCCAGGCCGAGCGGCUGCGCCUGUGUCGCCAGGAGCUGUGGCAGCUGCUGGCGGAGGAGCGCGUGGAACGCUUGGGCAGCUUGGUGGCCGCGGAGUGGAGACCCGAAGAGGGCUUCGUGGAGUUGAAGUCUCCUGCGGGGAAAUUCUGGCAGACCAUGGGCUACUCAGAGCAAGGGAGGCAGCGGCUUCACCCCGAAGAGGCCUUGUAUCUGCUGGAGUGUGGCUCUAUUCAGCUCUUCUACCAAGACCUACCACUGUCCAUCCAAGAGGCCUACCAGCUUCUGCUGACUGAGGACACCUUGAAUUUCCUACAAUAUCAGGUCUUCAGCCACCUGAAGAGACUAGGCUACGUGGUUCGCCGGUUCGAGCCGAGCUCUGUCGUGUCCCCUUACGAGAGGCAGCUUAACUUGGAUGGCUAUGCCCAGUGCCUGGAGGACGGGACUGGCAAGAGGAAGAGGAGCUCCAGCUGUCGGUCUGUUAGUAAGAAGGCUAAGGCUCUGCAGAACUCCCUGCCGCCCAUGAGCGGGGCAGCCUCCAGCCCACCUGCCUGUGACCACAGUAGCCAGUACUCAGAGAAGCCCCAGGGGUCAAGCCCCAGGAAGAGCUCAGGACUCUCCUUUCAGGCUCUGGGGUCUUCAGAGCCUUGCCCUGCUCUGGCCAGGGAGGAUGUGGAGUGUGGCCAGGAGAAUGAUAAAAUCAAGAAUGGAGCCAAGGGGGCUCCUAAACCACGCUGGAACUUUGAGCAGAUCUUCUUCCCCAACAUGGCUUCAGAUAGCCGCCACACCCUCCUGCCUGCCCCAGCCCCAGAACUUCUCCCCGCCAAUGUCAUUGGGCGAGGGACAGAUGCUGCGUCCUGGUGCCAAAAGCUGAACCAGCGGAAGGAGAAGCUUUCCCGGAGAGACCGGGACCAGCAAGCAGAGGUGCAGCAGUUCCGGGAGGAUGUGAACGCAGAUCCCGAGGUGCAGGGCUGCUCCAGCUGGCGGGAGUACAAGGAACUGCUGCAGAGGCGACAGCUGCAGAAGAGCCAGCCCCGCCCUCCACACCUAUGGGGCCAGUCUGUUACUCCCUUGCUCAACCCUGAUAAAGCAGAUUCCCCAGCUGCGGUCCUUGAACAUGUCUCUGUACUGCAGACAACACAUCUUGCUGAUGGAGGUUACCGGCUGCUGGAGAAGUCGAGAGGCUUGGAGAUCAGCUUCGAUGUUUACCAGGCUGACGCUGUGGCUACAUUCCGAAAAAACAGCCCUGGCAAACCCUAUGUCCGAAUGUGCAUUAGUGGAUUUGACGAACCUGUCCCAGACCUCUGCAGCCUCAAGCGGUUGACCUACCAGAGUGGGGAUGUCCCCCUGAUCUUUGCCCUGGUGGAUCACGGUGACAUCUCCUUCUAUAGCUUCAGAGACUUCACACUGCCCAGAGAUCUGGAGCACUGACAUGUAGCUCUGGGGAUGGGCGCUGGGGGACUUGGAUGCUCUCAGGGACCAUAUCGGCUGACUCCUGUACAGGACUCACCGGGAACUGUCUGGGCCAGUGUGGUCUACAGCCCUGGGUAUCUGCUGUUUGUAGGGGAGUGAAGCCUUGCCCCAUGCCCUCUUGCCUAGCAGUGACCCCCUUGGAACUCAGGACUUGAUAUCAGAGGCCCAGGAGAUGGGGCAGAAGAGAGGACUCUGUGCCUUUUAAACAGUAGGGUGCCUGCUUCGUGCCAUAAAGCCAAAGCCAUUAAAAGAAAUAUUCUCUGC